UCCCUUCCGUCUUAAACCCUGCUGCUGGCCUGCUAAUACCUCUCUCUCUCUCUCCUCCUCCUCCUCCUCCUCUUUCUCUCUCUACAAUCUCUUUCACAGAGAAGCAAGGAGAUGGACGCCGACGGAAAUACCGAAGAGCCGUCGCGGCUGGUCCUCGUCCGCUUCAAAACGGACCUCGGCCACCCCUACAAAGUUACAGAAUCCUCCAUUUCCAUCCCCGCCAAUCUCACCCGCUUCGGCCUCUCCACCGUUGUCAACAACCUCAUCAAAUCAGGAAACCCCGAUUGGGAAUCGGAGCCUUUCGAUUUUCUUAUCAAGAAUGAGCUGGUUCGGAUGUCGCUCGAAAAGUUCCUUCUUGCCAAGAACAUUUCUGCGGAGAGGAUAUUGGAAAUCGAAUAUAUACGGGCUGUGGUCCCACGCAAAGAAGAAGAACCUUCUUUACAUAAUGACUGGGUCAGUGCAGUUGAUGGUUCUAGUCCCAGGUUCUUUUUGACAGGCUGCUAUGAUGGUUUGGGAAGGGUAUGGAAAGCUGCCGGAGCAUGUACACAUGUUCUGGAAGGACACAGUGAACCUGUUACUUCAGUUAGUAUAAUCAAUCCAAAAGGUGGAGAAAGUGUUACCGUAGCUACUGCUUCGAAAGAUCGGACACUGAGACUGUGGAAGUUCAAUGCAGAAGAGACCCGAAAAAAUCCUUUGAAGAUAAGAGCAUUCAAAAUUUUACGUGGACAUACAGCAGCUGUUCAAAGUGUUGCUGCUCAGACCUCUGGAAACAUGGUCUGUUCAGGCUCUUGGGAUUCUACUAUCAAUUUAUGGCAGACAAAUGAGCCUGAUUCAGAAGGUGAUACUGUGUCAACGAAGAAGAGAAAAAAGACUGGUCAAGAAAAGGAAUCGCAGUGGGAGGGGGAGGCUGUUUCUUCUCUAAUAGGCCAUACACAAUGCGUAUCUACUGUGAAGUGGCCAGAGCCUAAAACAAUUUAUUCUGCAUCGUGGGACCAUUCCAUUAAAGAGUGGAAUGUCGAGAGAGGCACAGCCACGUCGACAAUAUAUCAUGAUAAAGUACUCAACUGCAUUGAUAUUGGAGGUGAAGGUUCUGCUUUGAUUGCUGCUGGUGGUUCUGACCCCAUUGUUAGGGUAUGGGAUCCUCGUAAACCAGGUCCGUUAGACGACUCAAUCUCUGCAUCUUAUGACGGAAAAGUUAUGCUGUGGGAUACGAGAACUGCUGUAUGCCUCCUCAUUGUUUUUGUUUUCUUACAAUAG